AAAUUACAUACAUAAUUUAAUAAAACAGUUUUAGGUCUGUGGUUUUACAGGGUUCAUACUUGCUUGUAGUAGUCAACUAAUCUGCUUAAAUUACAUGCCUGAAGUCAAAUAGAAUUAUGUCUUAAUAUUUUCUGCUACACUCUUUUUGUUUGGGUUAUAAAUUACUUUUAAAUAAAAUGAGUAUUUUACAGAAAUAUGGUAAUGUGUGUGGGUGAGAGAAGAUGACGACGUGUUUUCCAUUACAGUGCCUCUGCUAUCGGGCAAAUAUUGACCAGUAGAAUACAAUUCUGUGCAGGUGCAUUAAUAAUGUCCCUGGCUUGUAUAAAUAAGCAAAUGUAAUCCCGAUAACAAACACAGGGAUCAGGUUGUCGCCCUGAGGUCUGAGCUUUAUGUCAUGGAUAUCCACUGCAAUGUGACAACAGUAGAGGCUCAGACACAGAUCAACUCCACCAUCUACCACCUGGUUAAGAUGGUCAGCAUGUGUGUGAGCUGCACCUUGAACACUGUACUCAGUGUUCCUUUGCUCCUGGCCAUCACACGCUCCCCAUCCCUCCUCAGUCACACUCGCUUCUUGCUCCUCACACACCUCCUCUUGUGUGACAACCUCCAGCAGCUCCUCUGGACAAUCAAAGCAAUUCUCUUAAGAUCCAGAGAAGGUAUUCCUGUGACUCAGUGUCUGAUCUUCUGUGCUGCCAUCCAGGCCUGCUCAAUGGUGGAUCUCUUCCUGAGCACCGCUCUGGCUGUGGACCGCUUUGUAGCUGUCAAGUGGCCCCUGCGCUAUCAAUUCCUGAUGUGUCGUCAAAGGAAGAGAGCGACUAUUGCAGCCAUAUGGACCUUACCAGCUGUGCUCAGCAGUGUGGCUUUGUGUAUCAGCCUCAACACCAUCCAGGUAAAUUUUCCCCUUUCCCGCUGUCGACCUCUCAUCCUUGCACCCUGCCUGUCAGGGACAUCGGCUCUGGUACUGUUUUGCACCGUGGUAACUGCUGUGGUGGUGCCUCUCUGCUCUCUGACCAUCCUGGGAUGCUUCUGCCAGCUCUGCUGGGACAUGCGUGCAGGACUGCUCUCCACCAAGAGAGCUGGUGUGACCCUGACCCUCCAGGCAGCUCAAACCAUUCUCUUUUCUGUUCCUCUGGUCAUGGACAGCUACCUGAUCCCUGGCUACCUGCACAGUGAUGAUCUUGAUAUAGCAACCACCAUCAUCUACAACCUGGGGUUGUCACUCGUCCCUCUGGUCUAUGGCUACCGCUCACGGGAGCUGCAGCAAAGGAUACGACAGGCUGCACACAGGAACAAAGUCAACAACCAAAAUUUGUCAUAAAGUCUGAUAAAGCUGCUAUGUAUAAAACUUAACACGUUUUAUCUGUGCUGCCUGAAUGAGGAGAGCAGCAUCUUCCCAUUCAGCACAGCAGGUUUUCCACGUUUAUUGCAUAAUGCUUGAAUUUACUUGAUUGUUUGAAAUAGCAAGGUUGAAUGGUUGAGUCAAUAUGCUGUGGUAAGGUAGCAGCAAUGUAAUCCAUUUGCAUUUCAAAGGCAAACAAUAUGUGUUUUAUUAGAAACAGCAGAAUAAAAUCAAGCUUUUAUGAUGUGAGUUUAAAAAAACCCCAAGUCAAGUUGUUCAAACACUGAUAACUACUGGACAGAUGAGGGAUGCUUAUAAUAAUGACAAAUAAAAGACAGCACAAACUGCUUCAAGAUAUUUAAUUUGUACCAUAAACACGUAUAUGCUGUAUAUCUACUCAUUAAAGUCACUAUGUACUUUGACACUUUGUAUUAUACAAAACAUUCAAGAAUAUAGAGUAGUUAUGCACAACAGAGGAAUAAAUACUCAAUGCUGCCAGAAAAAUACACAAUCAAUCAUAUUUUAAAGACAGUGGGACUCGUGGGGAAGGUGUGCAGGUCAGAGAGGUCGGGCAGCUUCCCUGAUUGUGAUGAUCCCCCCUUUAAGAGGCACAGGUACAAAUCCACAGGUAGCACUGAGGUAAGACAGCACUCUCCAAACAUCAGCGGUUAACCAACUGCUCACUGAUCUCUGGAAACCCCAGCAUACAAGAGCCAAAACAUGAAACACUGGAUUUACCAGUGUAAACCAAACAAUCUACAGAUGAAUGAAACUUAAUGCACACACUGUAUUAUCAAUCAAAGCAUUGGAAUGUACUGUGUUUGUCACCAUAUUGACGUAGGCACUGAGAAUUUCUUGACAACAAAUAACCUACAUAUUAUCAUAAAUAUUAUCAACGUAGUCUUCAUAAAAGUAUGCAGCAUUCCAAACAAGAAAUAGAGUACUCUCUUGCUGUUGUCGGCAAAUGUAAUGUAGAUUAUCAUGUAAGUCGAAGGAGGAUCAUUUAGCAUUUGACCAGACUUUGUGCUCAAGUCUUUAGCAGUUUCCUGUCAGCGUAGUAAGUAAACGUUAAACCUUUCGAUUGACUAAUUUUAAGUGAAAAUGUAUGGCACAA